CCCCACGGAUGUGACCUUUGGAAUUACGACAUGGAACUCAUCCAUCAUUACACAACGAUAACAGCUGCCACCCUCUCAAUCCGAAAGGAUAUGGUACACUUAUGGCAAGUCACGGUUCCACGCGAGGGUUACCGCAGUCCCUUUGUCCUCCACGGCAUUCUAGCGAUGAGCGCCGUCCAUCAGGCGUACCUACAGCCAGCGAACCAAAAGAUGUACCUCCAGCUACAUAGCUAUCAUUCCGCCUUGGGCUCUGAACAGUUUCGUGCCACAUUAGAAGAUACUCAGCAUGAGAACUGGAUGGGGCUAUUUAGUUUCGCUGCUCUCAUCACUCUCCAUGCCUUCACGCUUCCACUACGACUCAAUGGUCAGAAGUUGCCUGACCCCUUACUUAACCUCUUCGAAGUUGCGACCCUUCUUCGGGGGAUGGAGACGAUGCUGUCCCCUAUGCUGCCUCUAUUAUCCCAGUCAGAGUUCGCCCCGUUUAUCUACGGCGUACGGCUCGCCGAUACUGAUGACGUAUCUGCCAGGCAAGUCCAUUGUUCCCUUGAUAACAGCUACCUUCCCUCAGACACCUUGGCUGCGUUAGAAAGCCUUCGCCACUUCCUUAGUGGUCAAGUAUCCCAGAGCUCUCUCCCGUUAUACCAAAGCGCUGUAGAUCACAUGGAUCACCUGGCGAGGUUAAUAGCACUUGCAGGGUUGAACGCGGAAGCCGGGACAGUCCUAGGAUGGCUCUUCAGCCUGCCUGAGAGUCUACUACCUGAUAUCAAAGAAAGAAGGCCUGAAGCUCUUAUCCUAGUCGCUUACUUUUCCGUCUUCUUACUCAGUCUAGAAAAGAAUUUUUGGUAUUCUCAGGGGUGGGCAAAGCAGGUGUUUGAGCAAAUCUUGGCGCUGCUCAUUGAUCGGCCUCGAUUUCUCGAAGCAUUACGUUGGCCGCGGAGAGUUUUCUCGGGUAUCCCUUAA